UUACUAGAACGUAAAAUAGUUGUCGGUCCCAUUUAUUAAAAUUUUCAUCAAAUAAGACGAAUAUCCGACCAUCAGAUACUCUAUUUACGAACGAUGUGGUAGAGAAACACCAAGAAGGAGGUUAUCCGGUUGUGAGUGGUGAAGAUGGAAAGGGGCAAGAUGUCGUCUUCGGGGCGCGGAGGCAAGAGCAAGGCUCCGCAGCACCCGCAGGACAUCUUCGCGCUGGGCACCAAGUCUACUGUCGUUGUAUCGCGAGACCAGGAGAAGAGGAACAUACACAAACCCUCAAGUAGCGGUGUAGAACGCAAGCGUGAAGGCACAUCAACUUUUGGUGCUGCUCCCCCCACCAAGAGAUCUAGAAUUGGCUCGCCAGCAGAGGCUGUUGGAGGGACAUCCUUAGAGGUGGACCCUGUGGAUCUUGUCCCCAAUGUGCUGCAAGCUUUGGAUACCCAUAACUCUGAUAAAUUGCUUGGUCUUCUCACAGGCUCGAUCCGUCUACUCAAGUCCCAACGCUCCAAACCUGACCCAAUCCUGUGCAUGAGUAUGCUAUAUUUGUGCAAAAUCCGGCCGAACAUGUUUGCACAUGACGUUGUGACCCAGAGUCUAUGCACGCUGUUGAAAAGGGAACAGGGGGCUGCGUUCAAAAGUAAAGGAAAUCCGCUGGUGUUUGUACUGGCGUGCAAUAUGCUGUAUGCUGGGCAUAGGGAUAGUAAUAAUUGGCCUGACACUUUUAUUAAGGUGUACAUUGAAGAUGCCUUGAACGAGAGGUGGUGGGUGGAAUGUUCGUGGUGUAAGUGCUUGGUUGAGAAUAUCGCCACCGCCUUCAGCACCAAGACUCCUCCUCCACAUCUCAUCCCAUCUGACAGUGCACUUGCAGCUGGCGGCACUAUGUCGCCGUCAGGGUCGGGCUCGCCGCUGAUGGGAAGCACGGACGACGAUCCGGACAACACGGACCUAGAGUACACCGUGUUUCCCAGAUAUUCGAGUAGCUACGAGACUGUCGAAGCAUUGGUGCUAGAAGCUAUUAAAGAGCAGAUCCAGCGGCGAGCCGCGCCGGACGCCAUCGGGAAAGGGUUCUUGAAGCUGCUUUCUGCUACUUGCGGGUUCCCUGAGAUCCGCAUGAUAUCCGCGUCCCGGCUCGAGGCGUGGCUCCACUCGGGCAAGCUGUGGCGCGCGGCGCAGGAGCUGCUGGCGUACGUGUGCUGCAACGCGGACGCGUGCGGGCCCACGGCGGCGCGCGACCACGAGGUGCUGGCGCAGCUGGCGCGCAUGCGGCUCAAGACCAAGCCGCUGCAGCAGGCCUACCAGGCCUGCCUCAGGGAGAUGGUGUCCGACAGCCCGGCACUACUCCGCAGCGUGGUCACUCACACCAUCUACAACGAGCUGUCCAACGUACGCUCCCCCAACAACAUGGCGGUGCUGGCCGCGCUCAUACAGGCCCAGCCGCAAGCUGUGCCCGCUGCUAUGGCGGACACGUAUCAGGAGCUAGUACUGCGGCAAGAGGACUACCUGCGUCCGCUGCGCGCGCUGUGCCGGGAGUGCGUGCGCGCGGCGCGGGCCGACGCUGCGGCGCUCGUGCCGCUGGCGCGCGCGCUCGCCAUGCCGCCGCCGCACGACCCGCCCCACGAGAUCCGUGAGCGCGCUUUCAACUCCAUCGCCGACCUUUUCUGCUGUCUGUGCCUAGUGACCGCGUCGCACAGCAAACAUAUCCCCGAGUACCGUCAGCAACUGUGCGUCAUCCAGUGCUGCGCGCUCGGCUGGCUGCUCGACACGGCCGCGGCGGUGUACCGUCCGCAGAGACACGACUUCCAACUAGCGCUCAAUAAAAUAAUGUUCGUGGAGCCAGCGGACACGUACAGCAAGCCAGACAACUGGCCGCCGGAGUCCGAGCGAGCGCUCACAUACCGACUCUGCUGCGAAACGCCCCUUCCGCAGAACACCCUGCUGCGCGUCAUCUUCAUCGGUCUCGCCAAGGAGAUCCCAGUAGGCCCAGCCGAAACAUUCGAACUAGUUGAACAACUAGUCCGCCGCGCCUGCGCCCUACCUCCGGACGACACUCCCCUACCCGUGGACAAGUUGGAACUGGCUGACUACGUGUUCCAACUGUGCCAGUUCACCCCGCCCGACAACAUCACCUUACCACCCGGGUACACGGCACCCCCACUAGCCAUCACGUCACUAUACUGGCGAGGAUGGAUCCUGCUGGUGAUGCUGGCGGCGCACAACCCCGGCGGGUUCGCCGAGCGCGCCGCCGCCACCUACCCCACGCUGCGGGCCCUCAUCGAGACCUGCAUCACCGGUAAACCCAGCGUGGAAUGGAGCAACAGUGCCGCAGAAGCGGAACGGCUAGAAGCCGAGCGAGCCGCCGUACUGCAGCUGGAGACGCACCUCGCGGCCGCCAGCAACGCCAAGCUACCCAUUACUGAACACAACUCUCGGCUGCUCAGUCAGCUGACGACCCUAGACCCACUGGGGCCGGCGCGCAAGCCCCCAGCCUCCAUCCUGGAGAGCCUCCAGCAGAGCAGCCAGGCGCUCCGGCUCGGCCGCCUGCUGUGCCGGCAGCCGGCGCUGCUGCUCGAGCUGGUGGAGCGGCACGGCACGCGCCGCGCCAUGCCCUGGCUGCACCAGCUGCUGCGCCACGACCAGCUCGAGCUCAGUGUGCUACCAGUGCAAUGUCUCUGCGAGUUCCUGUCCGCGGGCGGUGCGGGCGGCGAGGCAGGCAAAGCGGGCGAGCUGGCCGCUCACCUGCGGCGCACGGUGGCGGCGAGCGAAGAGGGCGCGCGCGCCGUGCUGCAGUACUACACGCAGCGGCUCGCGCACUCGCAUGCGCCUACCCGCGCACAAGCUAACAGGGGCCUCAAAUUAGUUCUGACGCAGGCCGAAGAUACGGCUGAAAUGGACUACAACGCAGACGUCGGCCCUGAGGAGUGGCUAGAGCUGCUAGUCCAGCUUCGCCACUGGGACGCAGUCCGCGACGAGGUGCUUGCUCGCCUCCGCGCCGCCUGCCUCGCCGAGUGCGUGCCGCGCCACCUUGCCGCCUACAUUGCAUUCCUGGCCGAACACGCCGACACCCUCCCGCCCCUAGUGCUGGACUUAAGCCAAGUGGUGAUGGAGCGCCAAGUAGUGAUCGGCGGCGUACUUCCGCCGGCGGAACCCCGAGCUGUGCCUGAUCGUCUGCAGCACCGCACUCUGCACGCCAUCACCUCGAUCUUCUACACACACUUGCGGAAGGCACGCACAUCGGGAGCCCUGACGCCGGAGGCGGGCGAGGAGUGGGGCGCGGGCGGCGCGGCGGCGGGCGACCUGGUGACGCUGCAGUGGAGCUCCGCCGCCGCCGCCAUGCCCUCUGUCGUCGCGCACGCGCACUACAAGCUGCUGUGCUACGGCCCUUCCGCAUACGACACGAACCAAGAAAUGUAUUCCUGGCUAGAAUCAGUAUGGGUUGGCGAACCUCCGACGGCCUUCGCCGCGGACGGCACCACCACGAGCCUGCUGCCGGACUGGUUGCGGCUGCACCUCGUGCGGUCAGCAAGGCCGCCGCUGCUGGAGCUAGGGUUGCGAGCCCUCCCCGCGCAUAAGCUGGCGCUCUUCAUACAGACGUUUGGCAUGCCGCGGUCCGCCUGCAGCGCGCUGCUGGCAGCGCUGGACGCGUGCCCGGCGGCGGCGGUGCUGCGGCUGGGCGUGGAACGCGGCUACAUGGCGCAGCUGCUGCUGGUGCAGCGCGCGCGCGGCUGCACGGGCGGCGAGGCCUUCGCGGCCGCGCUGCGCCUGCAGCCGCCGCCCUACCCGCCCGAUGACACACUAUUCGAAGAAGAGCCCCUCCCCUCCGAAGACGAAGACGAGUGCGCUCCAAUCCCACUAGUCAUCCAACCAGAGCAGGUCCCUGCCUUGCUGACCACCGCCUUCUGCGGUGGGACUUACCCCGGAGACUUGGAUGUGGCCUUCACUGAACUUAACGCCAAAAUAACCGAAGAAGUGAAGAAGCUCCGCGAAAACGUCCCAACCGACUGCCCCUACAUACAACGAGUGACAAUGUUCCUGCAGGCCGCGGACAGCGGCGUCCUGCGCGGCAUGACCGGCGCCAGCCACGCCGCCGUGCUGCUGCGCAGCCUCACGCUGGCUCGCUGGGAGCCGCUCCGAGAGGUGUGCUCAAAUUUACUGAAGCAGUUCAAAUGCCCCGCGGGCCCGGUAGCGAACCUGCUGACGCAACUGGCGGCCCCGGAGAGGCGAGCGGCCCGCACUGUACCAACCCUGCCACACGCCACCAAGGAACAACUCAUCGCCGCGCUGGAAGCUGCGACUCCAAACACCUUAGAGGCAAUUGGAAAUCGCAUCAUAGAGACACAGAACACUCGUUUAGUGGUGGACGUCAUCUCCACGCUUCUGGAGAAGAAUCAGCAGGGCGCUUACGAGUCCGAGGUGAAAGUGGAAGUAGGUGCGGAGCCGCCCCCUCCGCACGUGUUCGCGCGCCGCGGGCUCGGCUGCGGCCUGCUGCUGGACUGGAUGUCGGAGCUGCAGCGGGAGACGCUCGGCCCGCAGCCCGAACGACAGAUGCGGCUAAUGUUCCGAUCCGGCUCGGCGGCGUGGCGGCCGCUGCUGGUGACUCUUUUAGCACACCGUGCCUCGUGGCGCACGCUGCACACCUGCCUCUCUACCUUAUUGCAGCCUAACGGGGGCUGGGCGGCGAGCGGCGUGCUGGACUUCGCGGAGACGCUGAUGGGCUCGGAGCGCGUGUGGCAGGGCCGCGACCGCGCCGCGCCCAAACACCAGGCGCCCUGCCAUCUGCACCGGCUCACACACCCGCAGCUGGAAGUCCUAAUCAAGUACAUAAUGGAGGAGGCCUCGGAGGCCGGGCCGGACCUGGACAGCAUGCGGCGCCGCAUCGAGGCGCGCCUGCCCCUCGCGCUGCGCUGCGCGCCCGACCCGCCCUCCCUCCUCGCCGCCGCCGCCGCCGCGGAACCGCUACUGUUACUACUGCUGUACAUGAAGGUGCCAAAGAUCCGCCAACUCCUAAUGGAGAGUGCGGAGCGCCCCCUAACCACCUGUCCACUGGAAGGGGCGGAGCCCUACCAGCAAGUAGCCGCCAGCUCCACCAGCGCCACCGACCGCGUCUCCCACACGCUGCUGACGGCGCUCGCGCACCCGAGCAAGGAGCACGGCAAGGAGGCGAACUUUAAGACGUGGCGCCUGGAGGCCGGCGUGCGGUCGCUGUGGGCGCGCGUGGCGGGCGCGGGCGCGCGCGCGCUGCCGCUGGCGGGCGCGCUGCUGCGCGGCGCGGUGCCGGCGCCCGCGAGGGCGCAUCUGCUGUCCGCGCUGGAGCUGCUGCCCGAUCACGAGCUGCAGCGACCUGAUACAAGGUCGCUGUGGGCGCGCGUGGCGGGCGCGGGCGCGCGCGCGCUGCCGCUGGCGGGCGCGCUGCUGCGCGGCGCGGUGCCGGCGCCCGCGAGGGCGCAUCUGCUGUCCGCGCUGGAGCUGCUGCCCGAUCACGAGCUGCAGCGACCUGAUACAAGGUCGCUGUGGGCGCGCGUGGCGGGCGCGGGCGCGCGCGCGCUGCCGCUGGCGGGCGCGCUGCUGCGCGGCGCGGUGCCGGCGCCCGCGAGGGCGCAUCUGCUGUCCGCGCUGGAGCUGCUGCCCGAUCACGAGCUGCAGCGACCUGAUACAAGGUCGCUGUGGGCGCGCGUGGCGGGCGCGGGCGCGCGCGCGCUGCCGCUGGCGGGCGCGCUGCUGCGCGGCGCGGUGCCGGCGCCCGCGAGGGCGCAUCUGCUGUCCGCGCUGGAGCUGCUGCCCGAUCACGAGCUGCAGCGACCUGAUACAAGGUCGCUGUGGGCGCGCGUGGCGGGCGCGGGCGCGCGCGCGCUGCCGCUGGCGGGCGCGCUGCUGCGCGGCGCGGUGCCGGCGCCCGCGAGGGCGCAUCUGCUGUCCGCGCUGGAGCUGCUGCCCGAUCACGAGCUGCAGCGACCUGAUACAAGGUCGCUGUGGGCGCGCGUGGCGGGCGCGGGCGCGCGCGCGCUGCCGCUGGCGGGCGCGCUGCUGCGCGGCGCGGUGCCGGCGCCCGCGAGGGCGCAUCUGCUGUCCGCGCUGGAGCUGCUGCCCGAUCACGAGCUGCAGCGACCUGAUACAAGCGAAGAAGUGCAGAACAUUCUGGAGUGUUUCGUACAAAUGGCGGCAGCUGGCGGCCGAGAGCGAGACCGAGACUCGGCGCUACAACACCGAGUGGCGGCACUCAUGCGCCGUGUCGCUGCGCACAGCCCGCCUCGCACACAUGGAUCCCUGAGCGCGCUGGGCGAGGAGCCCGGCGCGGCGCCCGCUUCGGCCGCGCCGCCGCCGCAGGCACUGAUGGCGCUGCAACGGAGAGACCCUCCUGAUGAUUUACACAUAUACAUACAGGAAAUCGACCAAUGGGGCAGCCGCCGCGGCGGCGCGUGGGGCGGCCCCGGCGCCGCCACCACGCUGCUGCGCGCGCUGGCGCCGCUGUGCGCCGAGCCGGGCGCCGCGACGCGCGCCGCCGCGCUGGGCCUGCUCACCAAGCUGCUGCCGGCCGUCCCGGACCCUACACCAGGUCUAGACGCCAUCAUGGAAUGCCUGGACUCGUCACUUGCAGAAGUCGCGCAGUCCGUGAUCGACAAGCUGCCGGAGCUGGUCGUCGGCAUGCAAGAACACGCCGCGAAAGUGCUACUCAAGGUGUUCGAUCUGGGCGUGCGCAGCCGCCUGCCCGUCGAGACCAGCCUGGCGCGCUCUGUGGCCGCCAUCAACCUGCAGCGGGGCUGCUGAACACCAAACACCAACUAUACCAUACACAAACACCUCCUACUAAUCAAUGAUGGACCUUACUUUUUUGUAAUAAGGUUUACGAUUGGUCAGAUAACCCUUUGAACGCCUGUCGUGUGCGGCGCAUCAUCGUGAACCUUAUUGGAAUGUACGAAGGUUGAUCCCUAUCGCUGUAGCCGUGCGCGACAUCACGUCUUUGGCGGUGUACACGCGGAGACAAAUUAAAAGCCAUUUUUACAACAAAGAUACCCAUAAAAAGAUAUCAAUUUAUCUUUAACUUGCUUUGAUAUAAUUUAAAGAUGCUCAUUU